AUGGCGUUUCAGAUGUCAAAACUUGCUGCAAAGUGCUGCCCUCCCCGGGGGUCUUACGUAAAGCAGACAGAAAAGCUUUACUCCGUGGAUAAGGAGAACAGGAGGGAAAUGUACAGGGUUGACUUCAUUCCUCUGGAGAAGAGUCCCUCAGGUGACUCCUCUUGUAAGCCUCGGUACAAAGUCAAUGAACAGCUGAAUAAGAAGAUAUCCCUCUUCAGUGGUGACAUCACAAAACUGGAGAUCGAUGCAAUCGCCAACGCAGCUAACAAGACACUUCUGGGUAGUGGAGGAGUGGAUGGUGCCAUUCAUCGUGGGGCUGGUCCUCUGUUAAGGAAGGAAUGUGGCACCCUGAACGCCUGUGAAACCGGGGAGGCCAAGAUCACUGGAGCAUACGGUCUGCGUGCAAAAUAUGUUAUUCACACCGUGGGGCCAAUAGUCCAUGAUUCAGUGGUGGUGGGGGGGGGGGGGGGGCGAGCACUGAGAAACUGUUAUUAUAACUGUCUGCACACACCAACUAAGAACCACCUGCGGACUGUGGCUUCUCCCUGCAUCUCUACUGGAGUGUACGGAUAUCCCCCUGAUCAAGCAGUCGAAGUUGCCCUGAGAACAGUGAGAGAAUACCUGGAGCAAAACCACGAGAAGCUGGACCGGGUCAUCUUCUGUGCGUUUCUGAAGUCUGACAAAGAGCUCUAUGAAACAAUGUUGCCUGCAUACUUCCCACAAGGUUCACCGCCAAAGAGCAAAUUAUGAGAGGAUGGCAUAGUUGCUGUGGAAACGCCACACAAGCUGCUUUUCCAUCACAUCACUGUCUGGCUUUUACCUGAUGCAGCCCCUACAAACAACAACAACAACAGCUGCCUGACACCACCUGAUUUAUUCAUAUCACCAAACCAGUGCUCCACGGAAUUCAAUGAUUGCUAUUAGCUUCCUGUUGGGAGUCAUAUUGCUAUUGGAUUUGUGUUAAUAUUAAUAACAAUGUGGGCUUACAAGUGGUAGUUCACCCAAAAAUUACACAUAGAUAGCAUUUCUUUCUUCUGUUUUUCUUAUUUUUAUUUUAUGUAUUUAUUUUUUGUCUGUACAGUGGAAGUGAGUAGGGUCCAUCUCUGUUUGAACCCCAACAUUCUUCAAAAUAUCUUCGACAGAAGAAUGAAUGUGUGAUAUUUUUAGGUGAAACAGAAAAAGUAUUGCUUCAUAUAUAAUAUUUUUCCCCUCAGUUGAUUACAGAAAUAAUAUCAUAGCUGUGCAUGACCAUUUGUCUCAAAUUCUGUGUCUUUCAAAUCUAUUUAUGGCUUACUCUUAUUAUUACUCCUUCCAGGAACAA